UGGCGGCAAUGUGUAGUUGAAACUUGGAAUGACAGGUUGUACGGUUGACCAUGCGACGUUUGAUGAAAAUGAAUUUAAUCGUAAUUAUAUCAUUGCUGUUUAUGUCCAUGAAAAGCGUCGAGUCGGCGUCUUUGGAAGUUGUAACAGAUGAUGAACUUUUAAGUCUGUUUAAGAAUGAGAAAUAUGUUAUCGUUCUGUUCACCAAGAAGGACUGUGACCAGUGUGAUGAUUUUGAAAAUGAAUUGAUUCAUUUACGAGAAGACGUGGUGGACACUCUCAAUGCUUGGGUGGUAAAAGCAGUCAAUAGUCAGUUGGUUCGACUUUACAACCCAAACAAGGAACCAGCUCUUGUUUUCUUUCGUCAUGGUGUUCCAUUACUUUAUGAUGGACCUGUGAAUGAUGAGCUGAUUUUUCACACAUUUACUGAAAACAAGGAACCCACAGUUCGAGAGCUCUCCGACGACAACUUUGAACACCUGACUCAGGCGUCUAGUGGAGCCACAACUGGAGAUUGGUUCGUGAUGUUUUACAGUACAGACUGUACUGAGUGCCAGCGGCUACAGGCUCGUUGGGAAGCAGUGGGUGCUAAACUCAGAACACGUCUCAACGUUGCUAGAGUGAACAAACAGACAACGGGAGCCGUGACUGCACGACGUUUUGGAAUCUGGGAAGUGCCUGCCUUCAUCUUUUUUCGCCAAGGAUCCAUGUACCGUUACAACAUCCACAAGUACGAUGUUACGGCUUUCACCUCUUUCGUGACUGACUGGUACAAAAAUGCUCGGAAAGAAACUGUUUCCGCCCCGAAGAGUCCAUUUGAUGAUUUCCUGCAGAUGAUAGUGGACUACUUGCGGGACAGUCCGUGGAUAUGGAAGAUUGGGUUUGGAUCAGUGGGAUUCACAGUUUUAUCUAUCUUCAUCAUAAUUUCAAAACUGAAAGCCAAGAAGCCACCAGUAACAAAGAAAUCAAAGAAAAGCAAAUAAUUUUGUUGUUUUAACAAACUUUUAACUUUACAAGACAACUAAGUGUGUGAUGGGAACAUUGAAAUGAAAUAUAUUCAGUGCCGAGGUGUUCUCGGGUUUACCGUUUUUCACGAUGUAUGUUUGUGAUGUUCUCGACGUUAUUUUGUCCAUGCCUCAAUUUUGUGGUAUGGAAAUGCCAUGUAAGCAAGAUUGUCAAUUUUGUAUGACUUUUCAUCUAGUACGCUACAGCUUUCAUCUGUUUUCCCUCGUCGCAGCGUCAGUAACAUCGUGUUUUCCUGUGAAGUUGUUAGAACUGUCGGAAAUAUCAAAAGAAACAUGCGUUAAGAGCUUCAGCCUGUAAUGAAGGGAAUUGUUUUAAAAUUAAACACUUAAUAUUU